CUUUUUGCAUAUUUGUGUACAUAAUAAUAAUCCUAUCUUAUUUGUUCAGCCUUCCUUACUGCCUUUUAGAGCAAUGCAAAAUAAGUCUAAUUCCUUAUAUGUGUACAUGUACUUGGCCAAUACAAGUGCUGAUUCAGAUGUUAUUGUUUGUGAUUCAUUUGGAAGAAGAACGACUGGCGUUUUACCCGUAUACAUUUCUGAGAAAGCAAGUUCCCACUAGUACAAACCUCUAAGAGAGGAACAGGGCACACACCCAGCCCACUGUCAUCAGAGCAUAUAUACAUACGUUCAUGACUUCACAGAUAAAAAACCACCUGCUGACUUCACUUCUGCAUUAGAUGUGAAUAUUCACAGUGUUAUCUCACACACACACACACACACACACCUCUUUUGAUAGUGGAAUGGAAAUAGGCAUGCACUUAGAGGAAGUAGGAGCAGCCUCACUCCACUGCUUCACAUUUGUAGCUCGAUAUUUGUACCCAGAGAUGCUGUAAGUGAGCAGAAUGAUAUCAUGGCAGGGGAGCGCGGUAGGGGGUCAAUUGUUAACCGCUUCAAUGUGACAGGAACAGGAAGUGGUUAACAGAGUGAGCUACAACAUGAGGCUCGUCUGUUCCUCUGUCUCGACACUGCCUGUACAUCACCUCAGCCUUCUCAAAUACAUCCGGCUUUACCAUGAAUUUAACUUAAAUCUGGAGGGAAUAUCUUCAGCCCCAUCCUGCCUGGCACCUGUUUGAUUCUUGGGAGCCAAAAUGACACACAACCAUGCUGGGACUGCCAAUGGUACCAUGAAGAAGGGACAGGAACUUAAGAUUGUGAUAGUGGGAGAUGGAGGCUGCGGGAAAACAUCACUUCUGAUGGUUUAUGCUAAAGGUGAUUUUCCAGAGAAAUAUGCACCGUCUGUGUUCGAAAAAUAUGUCACAACCAUCUCUCUCGGAGGAAAAGAGAUAAAGCUCAACCUGUACGACACAGCUGGACAGGAUGACUAUGACAGACUUCGGCCGCUCUCAUACCAAGAAGCCAAUCUGAUUUUAGUCUGCUUCGAUGUGACCAACCCCACCAGCUAUGAGAAUGUCCUGAUAAAGUGGCACCCGGAGGUGAAGCACUUCUGCCGGGACACUCCUGUCAUCCUGAUUGGCUGCAAGACAGACCUCAGGAAGGAUAAAGAGUGUUCGAGGAAGCUCAAAGCCAUGAAUCAGGUCCCCGUCACUUAUACAGAGGGAGAGGAGACCCGGCAGCAGAUGAAUGCAGAGCUCUACCUCGAGUGUUCGGCUAAACAUCAGGAGAACGUGGAAGACAUUUUCAGAGAGGCCACCAAAAGGACUUUGGCUUUCAAUCGAAAACAAAAGAACAACAAGAGGAGAAAGAACUGUGUCGUUUUGUGAAGUAAAAAACACACAAUAGAGGACUCCACUGGCUAACUUUCUCAUCCACACUGAGGAAGGUUGGACAUUCAGAGACAAGGGGUUUGCAGCUUCUACUCAGAGAACAUUGUGACCUCCUGAAUCAUCAGCUCUUUAUCUACACAAGAACAUGACCAAUGAGGUAACAGGAAGGAGAGUUUUGCAAGUGGUGUGCAACUUGAAAUGCCAUUUAUUUUAACUUUUGUAUGAGAUGCAUUUUGCGUUUUCUAUAUUUUCUAAUGUAAAGCUUUGUGCCGUUUCAAAAACAUGUAUUUUCAUUAAAGUAUGUACAUCUUUUA